GUGUCCUCGCCUCUUGGGGGAGCUACUGCGCAGGUCUGCGUGGAACCUGGUGGGGUGCGCCUGCGUCUUGGAGAACUAGGGUUGUCGCUCGUGGAGACUUUUGAACAAUUUUUAAAGCCAACAUUUACCACUUAUUGGACGCUUACCGUAUACUGGCCACCAUGCUAAGCAUGCAUUUACUGCAUUCAUUCAACGUGUAUUUAUGGGGGCAUUUACUGUAUAUACCGCUAUAUGCUUCGUAUAUACCGGUCCUGUCCAACAAACGUCGGAGGCACGCAUCCCCAUUGUAUCCAUGGAGAAACUGAGGCUCAGGCUGGAGUGCAAUGGCACGAUAUCAGCUCACUGCAGCCUCCACCUCCUGGGCUCAAGCAGUCCUCCCACCUCAGCCCCCCAGGUAGCUGAGACUACAGGAAUGGAUAAAGCACGGAGAGGAACCAAGAAUGUGCUCAGAAAAAAAUCCUUCCUCACUGAAACCAGGACUAAGGAAAGGAGAUUCCCCUCUAUCAUCCAUGGACUCAGGCUGACGGAGCACACUGCCUCUCUGUGUCUCUCCGUUUCUCUCUCUGGAACGUUGUCAGAUGUCACGGCGGAGGGAAAAGAGACCUGGAAUGACUUGCCGAGCUUUUUAGCCCAUAACCAGGCACUGUGUAAACCGCUUUACCUCAUUCAGUCUUUGCAAUUAUACCACAAGGUCACACUGUUUAGAAGGAGAAAGAAGAGCUCGCUGUGAAAAACGCUCCACAAUGCUGCAGAGCCUUGUGAAGGUGAAAGAGUACUCUCAUCAGCAAACGGCAUUCAUUCCAUGGAAAAUGUCAUUGGGAGGAAAGCAGGGACAAACUACAAGGCAUUCGAAGCUCAACAAAUACUUGUGCUGAUAACUUCUCUUUCUGAAGCCAGCUCCAGGAGAGGUCUGUAAUCAGAAGAGCCCCUGAACCCUGAAGCCUCCUGGGCUGGCCAGCCCAGGCAUCUCCUCUGCUCACUCUGGGAAGGAGGUGGUCUUCUGGCAAAAGAAGAUAUCAAAGUUCUUCCAUCAGAGGAGAUCCUUAUCAGCAAGACAUUCACUCUGAGGUGGUGCUCAUAGCUCUCUUUGUCCAGUGCUUCGGCCUUGGUCCCAGCGCCUUCCCACGGAGCAGCACUCUUCACCCUGCACAGCCUUGUUAGGUGGUGCUCAUAGCUCUCUUUGUCCAGUGCUUCGGCCUUGGUCCCAGCGCCUUCCCACGGAGCAGCACUCUUCACCCUGCACAGCCUUGUUAGGAUGGGUGCCUUGGUCUCCCCCUACCCACCUAACAAAGCUGCUGUGUGGACCCAACGAGCUUGUAGAUGCCAAAGAGCUUUGUGACCAGUGAGACAGGAAGGAUCACUACUAGGGGGAAUCGCCCAGCUUCCAACACCCAAACAGAAGUGAAUUUCUAAUGAGCAAUUGUGCAAGAACCCAGGAAAACACCCCUCCAACCCACGCCAUCCCUUUUCUGCCAAAAGGAGAAGGGGAUGAAUGAAUACAGGACUUACGCGUCUGCUGUGGCCCAGCUGGCUUCCAGAUGGUGACAUGAGCCACCCACAGCCGGAGCUGUUCCUCUUUACCAAAGCUCAGCCCAACAGCAUGGUGGUGGAACACCCCGAGUUCCUCAAGGCAGGGAAGGAGCCUGGCCUGCAGAUCUGGCGUGUGGAGAAGUUCGAUCUGGUGCCCGUGCCCACCAACCUUUAUGGAGACUUCUUCACGGGCGACGCCUAUGUCAUCCUGAAGACAGUGCAGCUGAGGAACGGAAAUCUGCAGUAUGACCUCCACUACUGGCUGGGCAAUGAGUGCAGCCAGGAUGAGAGCGGGGCGGCCGCCAUCUUUACCGUGCAGCUGGAUGACUACCUGAACGGCCGGGCCGUGCAGCACCGUGAGGUCCAGGGCUUCGAGUCGGCCACCUUCCUAGGCUACUUCAAGUCUGGCCUGAAGUACAAGAAAGGAGGUGUGGCAUCAGGAUUCAAGCACGUGGUACCCAACGAGGUGGUGGUGCAGAGACUCUUCCAGGUCAAAGGGCGGCGUGUGGUCCGUGCCACCGAGGUACCUGUGUCCUGGGAGAGCUUCAACAAUGGCGACUGCUUCAUCCUGGACCUGGGCAACAACAUCCACCAGUGGUGUGGUUCCAACAGCAAUCGGUAUGAAAGACUGAAGGCCACACAGGUGUCCAAGGGCAUCCGGGACAACGAGCGGAGUGGCCGGGCCCGAGUGCACGUGUCUGAGGAGGGCGCUGAGCCCGAGGCGAUGCUCCAGGUGCUGGGCCCCAAGCCGGCUCUGCCUGCAGGUACCGAGGACACCGCCAAGGAGGAUGCGGCCAACCGCAAGCUGGCCAAGCUCUACAAGGUCUCCAAUGGUGCAGGGACCAUGUCCGUCUCCCUCGUGGCUGAUGAGAACCCCUUCGCCCAGGGGGCCCUGAAGUCAGAGGACUGCUUCAUCCUGGACCACGGCAAAGAUGGGAAAAUCUUUGUCUGGAAAGGCAAGCAGGCAAACACGGAGGAGAGGAAGGCUGCCCUCAAAACAGCCUCUGACUUCAUCACCAAGAUGGACUACCCCAAGCAGACUCAGGUCUCGGUCCUUCCUGAGGGCGGUGAGACCCCACUGUUCAAGCAGUUCUUCAAGAACUGGCGGGACCCAGACCAGACAGAUGGCCUGGGCUUGUCCUACCUUUCCAGCCAUAUCGCCAACGUGGAGCGGGUGCCCUUCGACGCCGCCACCCUGCACACCUCCACUGCCAUGGCCGCCCAGCACGGCAUGGAUGACGAUGGCACAGGCCAGAAACAGAUCUGGAGAAUCGAAGGUUCCAACAAGGUGCCCGUGGACCCUGCCACAUAUGGACAGUUCUAUGGAGGCGACAGCUACAUCAUUCUGUACAACUACCGCCAUGGUGGCCGCCAGGGGCAGAUAAUCUACAACUGGCAGGGUGCCCAGUCUACCCAGGAUGAGGUCGCUGCAUCUGCCAUCCUGACUGCUCAGCUGGAUGAGGAGCUGGGAGGUACCCCUGUCCAGAGCCGUGUGGUCCAAGGCAAGGAGCCCGCCCACCUCAUGAGCCUGUUUGGUGGGAAGCCCAUGAUCAUCUACAAGGGCGGCACCUCCCGCGAGGGCGGGCAGACAGCCCCUGCCAGCACCCGCCUCUUCCAGGUCCGCGCCAACAGCGCUGGAGCCACCCGGGCUGUCGAGGUAUUGCCUAAGGCUGGUGCACUGAACUCCAACGAUGCCUUUGUUCUGAAAACCCCCUCAGCUGCCUACCUGUGGGUGGGUACAGGAGCCAGCGAGGCAGAGAAGACGGGGGCCCAGGAGCUGCUCAGGGUGCUGCGGGCCCAACCUGUGCAGGUGGCAGAAGGCAGCGAGCCAGAUGGCUUCUGGGAGGCCCUGGGCGGGAAGGCUGCCUACCGCACAUCCCCACGGCUGAAGGACAAGAAGAUGGAUGCCCAUCCUCCUCGCCUCUUUGCCUGCUCCAACAAGAUUGGACGUUUUGUGAUUGAAGAGGUUCCUGGUGAGCUCAUGCAGGAAGACCUGGCAACGGAUGACGUCAUGCUUCUGGACACCUGGGACCAGGUCUUUGUCUGGGUUGGAAAGGAUUCUCAAGAAGAAGAAAAGACAGAAGCCUUGACUUCUGCUAAGCGGUACAUUGAGACGGACCCAGCCAAUCGGGAUCGGCGGACGCCCAUCACCGUGGUGAAGCAAGGCUUUGAGCCUCCCUCCUUCGUGGGCUGGUUCCUUGGCUGGGAUGAUGAUUACUGGUCUGUGGACCCCUUGGACAGGGCCAUGGCUGAGCUGGCUGCCUGAGGAGGGGCAGGGCCCACCCAUGUCACCGGUCAGUGCCUUUUGGAACUGUCCUUCCCUCAAAGAGGCCUUAGAGCGAGCAGAGCAACUCUGCUAUGAGUGUGUGUGUGUGUGUGUGUGUGUUGUUGCUUUUUUUUUUUUUACAGCAUCCAAAAAUAGCCCUGCAAAAAUUCAGAGUCCUUGCAAAAUUGUCUAAAAUGUCUGUGUUCGGGAAAUUAAAUCCAAUAAAAACAUUUUGAAGUGUG